UGUGGCAAGCAGGAGCAAAGCCACCUUCUCCUCCAUUUCUUCUCCUUUUUUCUUUUUCUUCAUCAUUUCUCUUCUGUCAGAAUGGAUCCUAAAGCCCUGCAGGAAGAGCUGCGACUAUUCCAGAGCACUUUGCUCCAAGACGGCCUGAAAGAACUCUUGAACGAGAACAAGUUUGUGGACUGCACGUUGAAGGUGGGCGACCGGUGCUUUCCGUGCCAUAGGCUCAUCCUGGCAGCGUGCAGCCCAUAUUUUAGAGAUAUCUUCUUCUCCGAGGAUGGCAAGGUCAAGGAAGAUCUAAAAGAGGUGGCUUUAGAUGACGUAGACCCAAACAUCCUGGAUAUGAUCGUGAAGUAUCUCUACUCGGCCGAGAUUGAGCUUACAGAUGCCAACGUACAGGAGAUCUUCGCUCUCGCUAACCGCUUCCAGAUCCCUUCUGUGUUCACAGUGUGUGUUAACUACCUUCAGAAGAAGCUCUCCCUCGCUAACUGCCUGGCAAUCUUCCGCUUAGGUCUCGUCCUCAACGUUCCUCGCUUAGCCAUCUCCGCCCGGGAUUUCAGUGCUGAUCGAUUUGAGACUCUCGCCAACGAAGAGGAGUUUCUCCAGCUGGCACCACAUGAGCUCUUUGCCCUGAUUGGCACUGAUGUCCUGAACGUGGAGAAGGAGGAGACAGUGUUUGAGGCACUCAUGAAAUGGGUCUGCAGUGACAAAGAGAAAAGGGUGAAAUCUCUCAAAGAUGCCUUUGAGUGCAUCCGGUUCCGUCUGAUUUCUGAGAAGUACUUCAAAGAGAAAGUGGAGACCGAUGACCUCAUCAAAGCUGAUCCAGAAGUUCAGAAGAAACUUCAGGUCAUCCGAGAUGCCUACAAGGGAAAACUGCCCGAGAAGAAGAUAAAGGAAAAGAAAGAAGGAGAGGUGAAUGGAGAGGAAGAUGAGGAGGAGCUCAUGCCCGGGUACCUGAAUGAUAAUCGUAGAAUAGGGAUGUAUAUACGAGGUCUGAUCCUCAUGAUCAACGACACGGCGGCUGUGGCGUACGAUGUUGAAGAGAACGAGUGCUUCCUUGCUAUCAUGGCGGAGCAAGUGCCCAAAAACCAUGUGAGCAUCUGCAACAGCAAGAACCAGCUCUUCCUCAUUGGAGGCCUGUUUGUAGAUGAAGAUGACAAGGAGACGCCUUUGCAAUGCUACUGUUACCAGCUGGAUUCACUGUCAGGUGAAUGGGUGGCACUGCCCCCCAUGCCCAGUCCCAGGUGUCUCUUCGGUUUGGGUGAAUGUGAAAAUCUGAUUUUCACCAUCGCUGGCAAAGACCUGCAGACCAACGAAUCUCUCGACUCUGUCAUGUGUUACGAUACUCAGAAGAUGAAAUGGAAUGAGACGAAGAAACUUCCUCUGCGUAUUCAUGGCCAUUCAGUGGUUUCACAUAAAGGCCUAAUCUACUGUGUUGGAGGAAAGACCGACGACAAUAAAGCAAUAAACAAGGUGUUUGCGUAUAACCACAAGCAGUCGGAGUGGAGGGAGCUGGCGGGGAUGAAGACCCCCAGAGCCAUGUUCGGAGCUGUGGUGCAUAACGGUAAACUCAUCGUUACUGGAGGAGUGAACGAGGAGGGACUGACCGCCACCUCCGAAAUCUACGACUUUAACGCAAACAAAUGGGACACGUUUGCAGAGUUUCCUCAGGAACGAAGCUCAGUGAACCUCAUGAGCACUGGAGGAAUCCUCUACGCUGUUGGAGGAUUCGCCAUUGUGGAGCUGGAGAAUAAAGAAGUCGGACCCUCAGAAAUCACAGACAUUUGGCAGUAUGAGGAGGAUAAGAAGCAGUGGAGUGGGAUGUUAAGAGAGAUGCGCUAUGCAUCAGGAGCUUCGUGUGUAGCGAUGCGCCUCAACACUGCCAAGAUGCCCAAACUGUAAACCCAUCCCUGAUUAAGCAUAACUUACUGUUUGGAUGCCCUUUGGCCCCGGUGCCCAGCUGUCUGCAGACAUCUGUACCCUCCUCAAUAAGAGUUUGAGCGGUGUGCCUGUGUAUUGAAUGUAUGUGUUUAUAUGUGCAAUUAAUGUAGGAUGAAUAUAUAAUAAUUGUCUCAAACAUUUUUAACAGUAUACACACCAGUCACCUCUCUUCACCUUCCACAGCUUUUUGUGUUCCUUUUUUUGUAAAUUAAACAAUAAAACUUUUUGAAUCACA